AUGAGUAGAUCAGGAAAGGCAUUGACCAAAUAUAAGAUUGUCUUCCUUGGUGAACAAGGUGUCGGUAAGACAUCGUUGAUCACCAGGUUCAUGUAUGAUACAUUUGAUGAUCAUUAUCAAGCUACCAUUGGUAUUGAUUUCCUUUCGAAAACCAUGUAUCUGGACGAUAAGACCAUCCGGUUGCAACUAUGGGAUACUGCAGGUCAAGAAAGGUUUAGAUCUUUGAUUCCCUCUUAUAUUAGAGAUUCGAGAGUGGCCAUUGUUGUUUAUGAUAUAACCAAGAAGAAAUCGUUUGAAUAUAUUGAUAAAUGGAUUGAAGACGUUAAGAAUGAAAGAGGUGAUGAUAAUGUUAUACUUUGUAUCGUUGGUAAUAAGAGUGACUUAUCCGACGAAAGACAAGUAACCAUAGAGGAAGGUGAAAACAAGGCUAAAAUCUUGGGUGCCGAUAUAUUUAUGGAAACUUCAACGAAAGCUGGUUACAAUGUAAAGAAUUUAUUUAAGAAGAUUGCCAAAUCUUUACCUGAAUUUCAAAAUUCUGAUACGAAUCCAUUAGAUACUGAUGGUAAUGGGAAAAAUAAUAAAGCAAACGAAUCCAGUGGUGAUAAGCCAGGUAUUAUUGAUAUAUCUACGAAUGAAGAACAAGAACAAGCUGGUGGUUGUCAAUGUUAA